AUGUCUACGCUGCCCCCCGACCAUCGCAAAGGCGUGUCGCGAGCAACUGGAAGCACCGUCAACAUGACUGUAUCACAGUCUUCAAAGGCCAAACCGGCCUCCAAAGCCAGCAAUGGCAAGCCAAAGACAAAGACGCAGAUGCAUCGUCGUUCAAGAACAGGGUGCUAUACUUGCCGUCUGCGACGCAAGAAAUGCGACGAGGGAACUCCCAUGUGCACAGCCUGCAAGCACCUCGGCUUGCAAUGCGAGUACAAGCGACCCAUGUGGUGGAGCAACAACGAUAUGCGAAGGAAACACAAGGAGGACAUCAAGAUGAUCAUCAAGCGCAAGAAGCUCUCUGAGAAGUCAUCACACAACAUCCAGAACUCUGUCACCAGCUCUCCUCCUGGCCUCACCCACUCUCUUCCCACAUCAGCCACCUUCACUGAUCCUCUCGACCGCACAAGAUCCGCCUCCAUUGACUCACAAUUCCCAGCUGCUUUCAACUUCAACAGCCCUCCUAGUGGCAAUGAGUAUGGAUUCGGUGCGCCAAUGCACCCCGAGUUCAUGAUUGGCAGCUACUCGCCUUAUGAGAUCGAUGUAAAGACAGAGCGACAGAUGUUUGUGAAUGAUGUGCCCACAGUUCGCGAAUCACACAUAUCCACCUUCAGCACUUACCACACUCCUCCCCCAGCUGGUACUAUUCUGCCCAACGGUCCUCUUGACGGCGAGUGGGCCGAGCAGGUCUUCCAAGAGCGCAAGGAAUCCCUUUCAGAGGAGACCCUCAACUGCAACUUCUUUGACUUUUCACAUGGCCCUUCCACAGAGUCGAGGCAAGUCAAGAUUGAGUUGGAUGAGAACGACCAGCGUCUGCUGGACCACUUCAUCCAGUUCGUUCUGCCAACCAUCUUUCCCAUCCUCGAGUCCAACCAACAUUGCUCAGUCAGCUCAGACCUGAUCCUCCCUGCUCUUCAAUCAAACAGUGCCUACCUUCACUGCUGCCUGAGUGUCGCUGCCCAACACCUCAAAUCACAUACCAAUGGCUCCACCUCUACCGAGGACAUCGACAACGACAUCAUGCGCCAUCGCUAUGCUACCAUCUGGGCUCUUUGCGAGGCUCUCAAGAAAGACGAGAACCACCAGCAAAUUCUCGAAGCAACCCUUGGCCUCAUCUUCUUCCAAUCUGUAGUUGGCCGCUAUGACGAUGGCCUUCUCGAUAUUCCUUGGCACCAGCAUUUCCAGGCUGCCAUCAGCUUGGUACAGAAGCUUGAUCUUCCCGGCAUCGUCUCCGAUCCUACUCGGGCUUCAAUGCAAACCCCAUUCAACAUGUCUCUCUCGUCAUGGAUUGACAUUCUCGGUGCCACGAUGAAGGGUCGCUCACCCACAUUUGCUCACACUUACCGCGAGAAGCAUCUUUCUCAGCUCAACCCUAGCCUUGGCCUGCGUGAGCUGAUGGGCUGUGAUGACCGGGUCAUGUAUCUCAUUUCCGAGAUCGCCUGCCUCGAGUCUCUCAAGAAGGAUGGCAUGGAUGACUUCACACUCUGCCAGCAUGUCUCUGCCCUUGGAGAACAGAUUAGCUUGACCGAGAUGGGCGAUGCAGGCCCUAAGAUGCCUUUCAAUGCCAAUGGCAGCCUUUCACCUAAGCAGCUUUCUAAGAACAUGACCAUGGCCUUCCGCAUAGCGGCUCGCAUCUUCCUCUGCAGCUUGGUUCCUGGAUUCAACCCCAGACAGCCAUCCCCCAUGGGCUUGGUUGAGAAGCUGACUACGGUGCUUCAACACAUUCCCUCGGGCCCCAAUGGGUUUGACCGCAACCUUGCUUGGGUCUAUCUCAUUGGCGGCUCCAUCAGCGUUCCUGGUAGCUCAUUCCGUGCAUUCUUCGAGGACCGCCUGGCUCAGCUGGGCGACUCGGCUAGAUUUGGCACCAUGGGACGUGUAGCCACCCUCCUGCACGAGGUGUGGGUUCAGAAUGACAGCCUCUCGGGUGUGAGCACACCCGGGUCCACGACGUCUGAGGCGUCCCAGCUGCACAUCCACUGGCGGGAUGUCAUGGAAUCGAAGGGAUGGGACUUUUUGUUGAUCUGA